AUGGUCAACUCCGCCAUGUGCCACCACUGUUCGUCACAAAUUGCCCUCAGAGAGGAGUCAUUCGACUUCUUCGCUUCCGCAGCAGUGCCUAUCACUCCUCGAUUUCGCCAGCUUUUGAACCAUUUCAUCGAAAUCCUCACACCUGUCACCAAUCCUGUCAUAUACGGUCCGGCGGACAAAAUUGUGAUUACGUCCGCUCUGAUUGACAUUCUCAGGAGUGUCGUCAAGGAUCCAGCCUGUUUGCAUGCUGUGAUCGCGGAUGCAGCCUCGCAUCAGGCUGGAGUGCGGAAGGAAAACAAUCAGGUUGAAGAGCAUAAGCUUGCGCAAGAAGAAGCGGAUACCCAUCGAAGUAAGGCUAUUAGCCUAGUUCGAGCCAGACUCCAGUAUCAGCAUGGAUCUUUCAGUACGUCCACCAUAAUCACUGUGCGUCAUUUGGGCGUUAUGGCCAUAAAGCAAGGAGAGGAGGAAUUUGUCGCUCACCACGAUGGAUUGGCGGAAAUGGUCAAGCUCAGUGGAGGCAUCGAUGCGCUCCCUCGAACAGCGGCUUAUCACGUCUCCAAGGCCGAAGCUCAGAUGGCGUGGCAUCGACAACGAACACCGCUUCUCCCUCCUUUCAAGAGCAGAUUCUAUGACGCCGACUGCUGGGAUGAGGAAGCCGGAAUGUUGCUGGACCAGUUUGAAAGACCCUGCGAAGAUCACCAUCUGUGGACCUCCUUAUGUCCUCAAUUGUUCGAGGUAGCAUGUGAACUGCAACACCUCACUCGACUGGUCGAGACUUACAGUAGGACCCCUCGUCUGGUUACGGCAUUGAUGAGGGAGUUCGCCGAGGACACUUAUGCAAAAGUUCAGUACAACAUUGUGUCCUUCCCAUUCCCAUGCCCGGGCGCCUGCGACACUCCUGAAUACCACCGUCAGGAUGCUUUGCGGGUGGCGGCCCUGAUAUAUCUCAAUACGGCAAUCCGUGUGAAGCCAUACGACAAGUUUCUGCAGACAUUGAUCACCCGUCUGUCAGGAUCUUUGCAGAAGUCCAAUGUCGAAGAACUUUGGGUACCACACCAGAGCGUUCUCCUCUGGGUAAUGUUCCUUGGGUAUCAUGCAUGUAGGGGGAAGGCUGAGCAGGAGUGGUAUGCGACUGAGCUUCGGCGGCUGGUACAUUUCGUGCACUUCCGGAGGCUGGAUGAUAUACGCGUGGUCCUUCGCAUGUCUCUCUAUAGAGAGAGCGUUUAUGACGCAACAUUGCGUGACUUGUGCACGAAUUGUUUGCAGCCAUUGUUGAAUGAAUAAAAUGUAAGAGGAAGGG